AUGGCUUCCCGCUUUCCGAGGCGCUGUGUUGGCAACUGUGUUGAUGUCGUUCACGUUUCUUCUGUCAUUCGCAACCUCAAGGACCAUCUCUCCAAACGUUGUCCGCAUGUUAAAUUCAUCGAUGUUCCUGUAGGAUGCAGUCAAGGUUAGUCAAGUUAAACAUCUGACUUGAAUAAGUUCUGAUCUGUUACAAUAAGCUUAAGCUUACUUUGAUGUUUUAAUGUGAGUUACGAAUUGUAAGAUUUUCCUACAACCCCAUACAUUUAUUAUGCAAAUGCAUACAAGUUUCGACUGUCGCGUUCCUUUCUUUAAAUCCAAAUCCUUGUUUUUGAUAUGGGGAAUCCAGGAUUCGCCCGAUUUGAAGUCCAAGGAAUCCAAAUCCAGGUUUACCGAUUUUGUGAUCUAAGCUACAAUCUUGGACAAAAUAAAAUGGAACAGCAAACCCCCAUUCCCCCCAAAUCAAGGAUGAAGCGGCGCGAAGGCCAAAAACGCGCCAUUUUCCUAUCCUUGAUUUUGGGGGGAGGGGCGGUCUAGGUUUUCCAUUUAUUUUGUCCAAGAUUGUAGCUGUUCCAUUCAAAGUGGAUCCGAAAUUUCCAGGUAGAGUUUCUUCGAUGGUUCCAUUUGUGUUUUAAAAAUGUUCCCUCUGCAGUAAACUAGACUCGCUGAUUGCCCCUUCUCUGAAUUUUUUCUGAGGGGAUGGGGGCGGCUGUACACAGGCUACCAUAACAUCUUUCUCGCAGACCAUUGCAUGACAUAGAAUCUCAUGUGACAGUGAAACAUAAACUCGUUUGGACAUUGUACAGUACGUUGCACAGUAUCUGGACACUUCAGUUUAACAUUGCAAUGACUUUCCUUUGUUAGUCGCAAGAACUCUGAAAUUUGGCCCAAAGAAAAUCUAUUUAGUCCUUAAGAUAACGAAUUGAUAGUUUAACUUUUUGCCUUUGUUUCCAUUGCAAAAUUAAUAUUUUUGCAGAGCUCCUAUGUUGCCCAGUAUCCGGACACAACAAUAACAGCAUAAUUGUACAUAAAUUUCGACAGGCAAGCGACUUAUAAGCUUCCAAAAAUAUGACCUAGCAUUGUGAAAUAAAACAUAACAGAUGACUGGGGUAUGGUGGGGAACUCGAGCGGCUGUUAAAUGGUAUAAUUCUUACUUCCUUGUCUAGGAACUUUUUCACUGAUUUAAGGAAGGCAUCCUCGGACAUACCGAAGCCGCGCUUUGCAAGCUCAAUUAGCCAAUCUGUAAACAACUUUUUUCCUUCACUUUUUAUUAAAAAAAGAAGCUUGGGGAAGGGACCUCAAUCCGAUGGUCAAAGGUCACUCUUCUAUUUAGUCUGACCUGCAGUGUUGAUUUCUUCAUGCUGAGUUCCGACAAUAAGCCUGCUUUUCCAGCACUAAUUCCUCCUUCUUUCACAAUAUAUCUCUCAAUCCCUUUGUGACAGUUUUCAGACCGUUGCAACCCCAUUCUAGCAGUCAGAACUGGGGAAAGUAUGAGAAUUCCAGGUUCAACUCCAACGCUUUCGGUUUUAUAUAGAAAAUGCAGUCACAUGAAACAAGCCGUGCACACGAAAUCAAGUUGCCUUUGAAUGAGUGAAGAAAAUUUCCUUAUGGAGUUGAGUAGAAGUACAUUUUAUGACUACAUCAUAAUUAUAUCCUAAGCUGUAGUUAUAGUUAUAGAUAUGCAAUAAAUCUCAUCCGGAUAAAUAUGUACGCAGCUAAGUCUUUCAUUCUGUACAGCAAAAAAAAACUGUCAGGAUACUGGGCACCUGAGAGUGAUUAUUUGUCGGAAACCCAUUAACGACAGCCUAGACCAUACUGAAUUAUUGUACUGCAUGAAAAUGAUAAGUUAACCAGAACAGACUGUGAACAACUAGAAAACAACCCACUAUAAAACCCAUCAAGAUAUACAGGCUUUAUUCAACCGAGACUGAUAGAGAUGAUCAAUAGAUGAUAAUCUAUCUAUCUAUUAUAUAUUUCAAGAUUCUUUCCUUUUACUUUCUUCAAGCUAUUCAGGGCUGUUCUUACUAUAGGUUACCGUGUAAUAAUUUGAAUAUUUACUUCACGUACGAGCCAUGAAAGGGGCAAAGUCCAACACUUUCACAAGCAAACUGUGUGACUGUAUAUCUCAUGCAGACUGGCUGUGCACAGUUACAAAUUAUAGUAACUUGAACAUAUGAAGACCUCUUUAGUUUUGCAACCAAUUCCCUAAGUAAAGGCUCUUUUCUUUUAAGAAGCAUUAUUAAGAAGCAAAAUAUUUCCCCGAUUCUGAUUGGCUAAAAGCACACGCAUAAUUCACCAUAACCAUGCAGCUACAGAUGACCAAAUUUGGAAGAAUUUUGCGAUUGAUCAACCGAUGACAUCAAAAAUGCAGCUUUCUUGCAGGUUAAUGCACUGUUAACCGAGAAGACUUGGGGAUGAGGUUGAGUUGUUUUGGUUGUGAAAACAAAAAUGGUGGACAAGAGUAAGAACUAGGCUAAAUAAUAGCUAAAAACAUGGCAAGAACUUCAAGAAGACAACUCGAAGGGGGGCCAUCUGCUAUUUGGAGAAUAUUUGCAGAGCUGAACAACCCUAAAAAUGCACUAUGCGUCUAUCAAAGAUGAACUCAACACCCUCCUCAAUCUCCAUAGUUCUUCAUAAGAUACACAGCCUCAUUUGUUAAAUCACUUACAAAAAAUGUUAAGAAUUGCAAAAUUGCCUUUCUAUAAUCAUUAUCAUCCAUACUAGUUGCGUGACUAUUCCCUCAUUUGGGAAGUGUACUUGUAUGAAUUACUGGCAUUAAAUUAAAUUUAAAUAUCGUUAUUUGGAAAUUUUAAGCCUGUGUGAUCAAAUGCCGACUGGAUGGGGUGGCAGGCAGUUCAAGUUGAUGUAAAGCAUACUGAUCUUUAGAUUGAUUUAAAUCACAAGAUACAUUUAAGUAACAUUCAAAAACUCAUUAAUAAUUCAUGAGCUCAACAGCCUAUCACAUCUGCUUAAAUCCAUCUUGUGCUUGUAAAACACUGUCAAACUAAAAAGCCUGGGGGUGGCAUUUGACUUCAGUCUCAGGGGAGUGCGGGGCUGAUUGUAUUUUGCUUCAUUGAUAUUCUUUAUUUAAAAAUUUCAUCCUCAUUAGUAUUCUUUAUACAAAAAAUACUAAUAAGGAUGACAUUUUAUUUCAUUGCACGUGAUCGACCUAUAAAUAUUAAUUAUCAGCACAGCAACUGUCACAACAAAUGGUGGGUGAAUAUUUAAUGUUCUUUAAAAAUAACACACACAGUAAAUUUACUAUUGCAAAAAAUUAAAAACUUUGUUCUUUCACCAAUUUAAUCUGCCAAAAGUUCAGUGACGCAGCAGUAAUAUUGGCUAUAGCAGUGUCCAAACGUUGCACUCAAGACUUGCCAGUUGUGAAAGGCUCGAGUGCUGGAUUUUUGUUUACCUACCUUUUGGCCAUUCCAGAAAAAUUUUUUCAAAGAAUACUUUUUCACUGGAAUAAUUGACUUUGAGGUACCAUUUUCAAUGAACUUCCUCUCUUCUUAGGCAUUUUUAGGCUUCCGAAAAGCGCUGGAACAAGACAGUAUGUCCUCUUUGGUUAGUGUUGUUUGUAGACUGGAAAAUUUCUUAACACGUGUGUGUGAGAUUUGAUUUUCUUACAUAAGAAUCUCAUACGUAAUGUUUUUUUUUCGUAUGCUAAUUUUCAACGUUCACAAAUUAAGCGUCAUUAUUAUCAACUCCAUUGAGACACACUUUUCCAGGAGUGUUUUUGAAGUUGUUUAAUAAACUCGUGGGUUGGGUUUUAUCGGGGUAUAAGCCAUUCUGCUUUACACCCCGAUAAAACCCUCCUGCUCGUUUAUUAAACUUUACUCAAAAUUUGUGACAACUUAGUGAACUGGUCAUUGUUUUUGUUAGAGGUUGAAAUGCUACAGGAAGCUAAAGUUAUAAUAACAGAUCCUGAUACAGCACCCUGUCACUUGCCAACACUUACCAAGCUUAAAUGGAUUCAGCUGACCUGGGCUGGAAUUGAUGCUGUUACUAAGCACUUUACAACAGAGCAAAAACAAUCUUUGCUGUUGACAAGAUUUGGUGGUGUAUUUGGUCCGGCCAUGGCACAGUAUGUGAUUGGCCAAAUUAUAUCAUGGGAGAGGAACUUUCCCAAAAUGUGGACUCAGCAACAGGAAUGCAAAUGGUAACAAUAAUAAAUAUUUCUUUUCAUUUCUUAACUAUUAGAUUUCUUACACUACUACAUGGGAAUUUUCUGCAAUUGUAUUUCAGCCUAAUUUGAAAUACCUACAUGUGAAAAUUACAAAACUGUUGUGGGUAGUCGUAUAAACAAAUAAUAGCAUGAUUUGUACUUGAUAUUUGGCAUAAAUACCACUCGUGAUAUUUCAAAAUUGUCUCAAAUUUCACUCCCCUAACGGUUCGUGAAAUUAUGUAUAACAAUUUCGAAAUAUCACUCGUGGUAUUUAUGCAAAAUAUCACUACAAAUCAUGCUAUUACCUAUACUAAUAAUUAAUAAUUAAUGAAUGAAGCUGAGUAUCUUAUGAAGAAUUAUGGAGAUCGAGGAGGGUGUUCUCGGCGGAUAACGCCCUCCGAGAUCUCCAUAAUUCUUCAUAUGAUACGCAAGCCGAAUUCAAUAAUUGUUUUAUUAUUCAUUCAAAAUAAUUCUUUAAAAACAUGGCUAAACAUGCUUACCUCCAUCGAUCCAUCGAUAUUAAGUUCAUCGUUGAUAGUGCAUGUUUAAGGUUGUUCAGCUCCGCAAAUAUUCUUCAAAUAGGAAAUGUCGCCCUUCGAGUUGUCUUCUUGUUGUUCUUGCCAUGUUUUUAGCUAUUUUUUUGCCUAGUUCUUUCUCUUGAAACGAGUGAAAUGUCUGCCACUUUUCAAGUUCACAGCCAAAACAACUCAACUCAAUUCAAUUCAAGUUCACAGCCAAAACAACUCAACCUCGUCCCCAGGUUAUCUCGGUUAACGGUGCAUUAACCUGUAGAAGGCUGCAUUUUUGACGUCAUUUCCUCGUUUAACACAAAAUUCUUCCAAAUUUGGUCAUCAGUAACUGGUUAUGGUAAAUUAUGUGUGUGCUUUUACCCUAUCAGAAUUGGGGAAAUAUUUUGAAUGAAUAAUAAUUAGCAAUUAAUGAAUGAGGCUGAGGAGGAUAUGAAGAAUUAAGCAGAUCGAGGAGGGUGUUAUAAACCGAGGCUGAAGGCUGAGGUGGAUAACACCCUCCGAGAUCUGCUUAAUUCUUCAUAUCCAGUGAAAGCCAAAUUCAUUAAUUGCUUUAUUAUUCAUUCAAAAUAAUUCCAGUUUAAAAACACAGCUAAAACAUGCUUACCUGCAUCGAUGUUAAGUUUAUCUUCCAUAGUGUACGUUUAAGUUUGUCCAGCUCGGCAAAAAUUCUCCAAAUAGCAGGUGUCGCCCUCCGAGUUGUCUUCUUGCUGUUUUUGCUAUGCUUUUAGCCAAUUAUUUCGCCUAGUUCCAGCUGUGCAUGUAGUUCUUACUCUUGAAACAAUUGAAGUGUCUGCCAUUUUAGUUUUCACAACGAAAACAACUCAACCUCAUCCCCAGGUCUUCUCAGUUAACAGUGCAUUAACCUGUAGAGGGCUGCAUUUUCGACAUCAUUUCCUCGUUAAACACAAAAUUCUUCCAAAUUUUGAAUUGGGGAAAUACGGCCUCGAUGGAUAACACCCUCCUUGAUCUCCAUAAUUCUUCAUAAGAUUCUCAUCCUCAUUCGUUAAUUGUUAUUAUUAUAUAGACCCAAGUGUUUUACUAGAAAAUAUACCACUCGUAAAAUUCAUAAAAACUACAUCCGCGACCUGAGUGGUUUAUUUUCCAUAAUCUCACGCAUGAGUUUAUAGAUGACGUAAUUUCCCCUCGAAAUUUGUUCGUGUCUUGCGUCUUUUGAAUUUUACUUACACAUUUUUCAAAGCUUUCCUUAUAUUUUUUCAUUGUAGAGUCCUAUUCAGCUCAGUGGUUUUUCUCAAGAUUAUUGUAAACAAUGCCUUAUAUUGCUGCACUGUAAAUUUGAGCCGUCACAAGUAUACUUUUUCGCGAAUAAAAAUCAAUCAUUUUAUUGACGCCUUUUUGUCUACAUAAUAAAAAGAACAUUACACGGCGGCUUGAAGAUAUGAAUUUUAUUUUCUCGUGGCAAAAACAAUAUUUUACUCACUUGCUGGGCUCGCUCGUAAAAUAUUGUUUUGCCACUCGAAAAUAAAAUUCAUAUCUUCGCACCACCAUGUAAUAUUCUCUAUUUAUUAUUCAUUCAAAAUAUUUCCCUAAUUCUGAUUGACUAAAAGCACACGCAUAAUUCACCAUAACCAGUAACUGAUGACCAAAUUUAGAAGAAUUUUGUUUAAUGAGGAAAUGACGUCAAAAAUGCAGCCCUCUACAGGUUAAUGCACAGUUAACUCAAGACCUUGGGACGAGGUUGAGUUGUUUUCGUUGUGAAAACUAAAAUGGCGGACACUUCACUCGUUUCAAGAGUAAGAACUACAGCUGGAACUAGGCGAAAUGAUGGCUAAAAAAAUAGCAAAAACAGCAAGAAGACAACUGGGAGGGCGACAUCUGCUAUUUGGAGAAUAUUUGCGGAGCUGGACAAACCUAAACGUACACUAUGGAAGACAAACUUAACAUCGAUGCAGGUAAGCACGUUUUAGCUGUGUUUUUAAACUAGGAAUUAUUUUGAAUGAAUAAUAAAGCAAUUAAUGAAUUUGGCUUUCAUUGGAUAUGAAGAAUUAAGCAGAUCUCGGAGGGUGUUAUCCACCUCAGCCUUCAGCCUCGGUUUAUAACACCCUCCUCGAUCUGCUUAAUUCUUCAUAUCCUACUCAGCCUCAUUCAUUGAUUGCUAAAUUAUGUCUGUUUCUGUCUGUUUGGUACAGGUUGUUCAUUAGGCAUCGGAGAUGGGAGAAUUCUCUGUUUACUAUGCUAAAUUCUGCGGCUAACUUUCGGUAGCUGAGCCUAUGACUAUUUUUUAUUCAGAUGUGGAGCCUCUUUCAAAAUAUUCUCCUGUAAUGUUACAUCUUUCUCCUACUACUAGAAUUCUUAAUGAAAACUCUGUUGGUACCUGCAGGGCCGUCAGUAUGGGCCAGGGGCCAGCAAUUUCCCCCGUCGGUUGCUAUGAGCGUGCCUCCAGCUAAUUUCAUAGGAAGAACAAGGAAAAUAGAACCAAAAGAACUUCCUAGCUAUUUAAGUCUGCCCCUACUAACUUGAGGUCUUUGUGACAACCCUGGGUACCUGGCUUAGCAUGCAGGUGCAGAUGCCUUUUUUGGCUUUAGUUUCACAUGACAGAAAAGGUGUCUCCCCUUGCAGGCUAUACUUGGCUAAUGUGUGCUUUUAAUGAAAACACACUGGUGUGAUGUCUUGUUUCCCUAGUCCCAGCAUAAGUUUCACAGUAUGGGAAAUCUUAACUAGUUAUUUGCAACUUCUUUAAGGGACCGUGAAUGGCAGCAUACUGACUGUUAUCGUGUGAUGCCUCAGCUCUCUAUUGGAAUUCUUGGACUUGGGGAUAUAGGAAAGGCAGUGGCCAAAGCAUGUAAAGCUUUAGGUAUGAAAGUGUGGGGCAUAGGACGUCGAGAGAGAUCUGCAGAUGUACCAUCUUUUGUGGAUCACUAUACAACCGCAUCUAGUUUACCCCAGGUGCUGCAGUCAUGCAAUUACAUUUGUAAUAUAUUGCCAAGUACACCUGCAACUAAACACCUUCUAUCUGGAAAUGUACUUGAGAGUUGUAAAGACAAUCACCCUGUCCUUAUUAAUGUUGGUAGAGGAGAUGUUAUAGAUGAAAAAAGUCUUGUUCAGGCAUUAAAUCAAGGCUGGAUAUCUGGUGCGAUUCUGGAUGUAUUUGAAGUUGAACCACUACCAAAGGAAAGUGUUUUGUGGAACAUGCAGCAAGUAGUAAUCACACCUCACGUCUCUGCACUUUCAUUUCCUCAUGAGGUGAGUAGAUUUGAAGGUGUAAACUGUUUUAAGGUUGGCCAACAAUUAUUGAGGUUGAACCUCUGUUAAGCAGUUGAAAAACCAUAACAUGUUGUGAGGCUUUUAAGAAUGCUUAAUGCUAUGGUCUCUCCUGAUCGAAACAGCCAUUCUUAAUCGGAACCGGCAAACAAAUAUGCCUACCAAAGAAGAAUAAAGGAAAAUAGAUAAGUAUCCAAAGAAAGCUUAAUGGCUGUGUUAUACUUUGUAGUUUUGAAAUAAGCUGCUGCUCUUGUGUAUCAAUCCAUAUCUGAGGGCGGUACACACAUUUUGCAAUGGUAUCGACCAAUAGAUUGAGGAGUUUACCAUUUGUACUAAUCGUACGAAUUAGACAGCUUCCUAAGCAAAUCAUGAUUUUUUGCCAAUGGUAUGAUUGGUGUUACCCUGCGAGCAGAGGCUACAUUUUCGCGGUAUGAGCUGGCGUGCGCCUAGAUUGGUGUGGGCAUUUUGGCGAGUUUUCACGGAUGUUAUUUGCUAAACACCACACUUUAAGUUCCUGUUGUCGGAUUUUCAGUAGUAGUUCUAGAUCGCGCGAAAUUCGGAUUUAAUCGAUUUCAAAGUUUUUUUGUUUAUUGUUGUCAUAGUAAUAUCGGUUUUACUAAAAACUGCAUUUUGACAAACCUCAAUUCUUAGUCAAUCACUGGUGCAAAUUUUGUGGCGAUCGGACAUGGAUGAAAUCACUUCAGUUUAAGGCGAUUGAAAGACAUCGGUAUGGUCUCCGAGAAACUGUAUCGAAACACCCAAGACACACGUGAUCAAAGAGGUAUAUUAGAGGGAGGGGAGGCAGAAAAAGGCAUUGCGAGUUAUAACAUUUUCGUUGUAUAAUGCUCCCUCUCGUCCACUCCCUGAAUAUUUGAAUCGGAUUUCUGCUCAGAAAAUACUCAGAUCCACAACCAUUUUACAAAUAAGUCUAAUUAUCGUCACAAAAAGAUUAAUAGGACAAAUCUAGCUGUUUACCCGACACAAAAUAAAGUAAUAAAUAUUUGGAACAAUAUUCCAAACGAAAUAAGGCAGUUUAUUUCGUUGGAAGUAUUUAAGGAAAAAAUUAAAAAGGGAUAAUAUCAGGCCGUAACCGGGUAAUUGUAACUGAAUGUAAUCUAAAUUCUGUCCAGGUUACCAUAAUGGAUUAAUUUUACAUGUUGAUUCUGGAAAUUUAAUAGAUACAGUCGACUCCCGAUAACUCGAACCUUUAAGGGAAAUCGAAAAAAGUUCGAGUUAUUAGGAGUUCGACGAAAAUAGUCGGGAGUAAGGAAAACUGCACAGUGAACAUUUUUAACACAUUUAGGCCCGGUUCAGACACCGAACUUUUCCUGAGCCGAACCUAAUUCGAAUUAAGGCCGACCAAAAUUAUUUAGACCGGCUGAAUUGAUUUAGAUGCCUUUCUUAAUUUUAGCUGAACUAAGAUCAAAAGAACAAAAAUUCUCAUUUCGGUCAAACUGCUUACAAAAUAUGUUACAGUAUGUGGUCCUUGCUGUCCUUGGUCCGCGUGUAAAAGUCAUUAACUUGAAUAUCUCACCCGAAUCUUCAUGUAACGAGCUGAAAUACUCCCUGAAGAUAGCUUUUAUGUUCCUGUCGAUAAUCCUGAAGUUUCAAGUUCCAGACAUGAAUAUUUUGCGUGGAAUUCGCAAAAAGGGAACCGUUUUCGAUGGUCCUUGGUCCGCGUCUCAGGCAAGCGGCACGAUAAAAACGUAAAAAUGUUAUAGUUUCCACACGAAAACGUGAUUUUCACAGUAUUUCUUGUACUUUUUUUUCUUUUCUUGAUGCAAUUAAGCUAAAGUUUUUUUCGGAAGAUGUUGUGAGCAUAAAAUAAUCUGCUUUUCUUUCAAAGACCUCAGACAACAGUCUCCUCGAGUCUCCCGCAGGAGCGUCGACGAGCGGUUUUAGCGCGGUCGAAAAUAAUUACCAAAAACUCUGUAUGUACUCGAGGUGUUAUAAAAGAGAACUUGUAGACAUGUAUAGGGACGACUUUCAAAACAUUCUUCGAAAACAAAGGCCGUCGCUUUUUACUUUUAUUAAGCGAAAUUUGGUGAUAUUUUUCAAGAGUCGCUAAAGCAAAAAAUUCAGAGUCUAC